AUGGAUUCUGUCGUGACGUUCUUGUCAACGGUUACCAAACCUCUGACAAGUCUUAAAUCGGAUAAGAAGAAAUCAACCGCAUCGUCAGCUGAACCUCUUAAGCUUGAUGUCUCGGCAGAAGCUUAUACAGAUGUGAAACCCUUAGUUGUUGUCCCCCCACAAAUCCCCCACUUGGUGUUAUGUUUGAUCAUGAACAUUCUUGCGGUCGGAGAAUGUUCAUCAUGCACCUUCCAGCAGUCUCUUACCUUGAUACAAAAUCUCUCUCACAUUCCUGACGCGCGCGAUAUCAUCGCGCAGGAGCUUAAAGCAAAGGCACAUGAUUGUGGACACGCUAUUAUUGCUGAUCUGGGUGAUCUCAUGAAUGCCUUGACGAGUUCAGGCAAUAACUUGAAUGUGCCAUCAGAUGCUACUAUUCACCCCCCUUCUAUGGACAUCUCUACAGUGACGAACCGUCCGGUUGGUUUGAUUCGCAUUGCUCGCCACUACUUUGGUGACGAGCGGAUUGAUAUGCUAUACCCGCUGCUGCCAGGCCGAUUCACCCCACUUCAGUUCUACGCUCAGCCCAAUACCAACAUUUGCCACCGUCCCGUGGUCCUAUACCUUCUGCACCACCAAAAUGCAUACCAAACGAAUUACGUCCCCUCCUGCUCUUGGUUCCCCACAUACGGGUGGACAUGGUCAGAACAUUCCUCUUCCCCCUCCGCCACAGUCAACAAGCAUGCAAAGUCAGGUGGCACAGCGGAUGAUGUACCCACCACCUCCCUCUCAGACUCAACCUCCCUCUGGGCCUCCUGCUCAUCCACAGGGCAUCAUGCUCCUCUUCCUUCUGUUGCUGGUCCAUACUCGCCGUCCAUGCAGCCUGCUCAGUUGCAGCCUCCUGGGCCGUAUUGUAUCUCACAUUUACUGAUGUGCAUCGGGGAGUGGAAAAUCUAUCCUAUGGUACAGGUUACAUGCAUGGUGAAAGCGUUUCCUAAGAGGUACUCGAUCUCCCUCAUUUCCAACUCCAACAAACGACGCUCUCUUGCGAUCCACAACACCAUCAUGGCGCGCAUCUCUUCUCCCCAAAGUGGUGGUCGUGGGAACGGUGCAAAUGGUUGUUCCGGGUGA